AUGCAGAAAACCAUAACACACGGCAGCAUGGCACGAAUCAAAGCUCUGUCCGAUCAUGCACUCAUCGGCCUUGCUGCCAAUUUGCCCAAGCCUGCUUCUAAACCAGCGCUCUCCAUGUCGCCUAUCACGUUGGAGGUACCUCAGCGUUCAGUCCCUCUCCAGUUGCGCAUCAGCGUCCCCGCUCAGGCCAGAGCCGCACUGCCCAUCAUUCUCCUCUCCCACGGACAUGGUCGAAGUAACAACCUCUCUUCCCUGCACGGCUACGGUGCUUUAGUCGACCACUGGUCCGCCCAUGGCUUUGCGGUGAUUCAGCCCACACAUCUCAGCUCCAAGACUUUGAGCCUCACCGACCAUCCGGAUGCGCCACUGUUCUGGCGUUCCAGGGUGGACGACAUGAGCACCGUCAUCGAUCGCCUCGAUGAGAUCGAGGAUGCCGCGCCCUUCUUGAGUCGAGGCAGCCUGGACCGUGACCGCAUUGCUGUUGCUGGACAUUCACUCGGAGGCCAUACUGCCUGCCUCCUGCUCGGCACCCAGACCAUCGAUCCCAAGGACGACUCGGUCGUAAACCUCUAUGACCCCCGAAUCAAAGCAGGUCUUAUCCUCGCAGCUCCCGGUUCAGGUGGCAAAGACCUCAGCGCUACGGCGUACGAGAACUACACCAUCCUCCGUCAUCCAGACUUCAGCACCAUGAAGACACCAGCGCUCGUCGUAGUCGGUGACGAGGAUGUGGGUCCUCAUCUGACCGUGCGAGGAGCAGACUGGCAUGCAGAUCCCUAUACACGGGCACCAGGGCCAAAGAGCUUGUUGACGUUGAAGGGAGGUAAGCAUGGACUUGGUGGGGUGUCGGGGUAUGAUGCCAAGGAGUGCGAUGAUGAGAGUCCUGAGCGGGUGGCUGUUUUGCAGAGGAUGACUGCGGCGUAUUUGAGGAGUGAGUUGUAUGAUGAGUGCAAUUCUUGGAGUGAGGCUUGCAAGGCUUUGGAGGGUGUCAGCGAACUCGGCUUCGUCGAGUACAAGUAG